GAAUUUAAUUAACUUACUUAUUCUAUAGUUUUUACUCAACUACUUUAAUACCUGUAUUUCUGUUUUGCAACUUGAACGCUUGUGUGGAAAAUUUGUAUACUUGUCCAUAAAGACUGUUUAUGCAGACAGACAGGAAACUGAUUAAUGAUAAAAGGAUCAGACCUGCUGUCAAGUAUUGCUAUUAGCUGGAAAUAUGGCAUUGCAUAAGAAUUUGAAUUUUACAAGCUUAUUUGUGAAUUUGGCAGCUGUUACAGUUGUAUCUUUGUGACACCUCGUUCAUCCCAAGGUGGAAUGGAAAUGAUCGCGGAAGCUCAGCUACCAUCAGUGUAUUAUAGAAGAGGAACAAGCAAGCUCUAUUCGAGUUCACGUAAGAGUAGCAAACGGAACAGAAGGAUAAUGGCACGGCUCUUACAUCUCUGUUUCCUGGGAUACCUUCUUCACGCUCUGACUGAAUGCACAAUCAGCACCUCAGAGUUUCGGCUUGAUGGGGAUUAUUUGAUAGGUGGACUUUUUGAUGUUCAUCAUGUCAAUGACUCUUAUCCUCACAACAGACCAGAAGCCAUCACCUGCUCCAGUCAACCGUUAAUUCUGUCAAGUUAUCAGAGGUUUCAGCUGAUGAGAUUUGCAAUAGAGGAAAUCAAUAACUCCACCAGCCUGCUGCCAAAUGUGUCUCUUGGCUAUGAAAUAUUUGACCACUGCUCUGACAUGCAGAAUAUUCCAAAUAUUUUAAAUCUCAUGUCUGAUGAUGGCAGAGUCCAACCUUGGAGCGACUCAUACAAGAACUUAUCCAAACUGAUAGCAGUGGUUGGCACAUAUACAAGCACAGAGACACGAACUGUUGCUCCGUUCUUCAUGAUGGAUCGCGUCCCUAUGAUCAGUUAUGGAGCUGCUAGUUCCAUCUUCUCAAGAAAAAAGGAUUUUCCCUCCUUUUUACGAACACUGCAUCCCAAUCAAGAUGUCAUAAAAAUGGUUGUAAAGAUUUUACAACAUUUCGGCUGGCGCUGGGUUUCUUUCCUAUAUAUUAAUGACGAUUAUGGAAGUGAUGGCCAUAACUUGUUUUUAAAAGAGAUAAAAGACACUGACAUCUGUCUGGCCUACAGCAAAGGCCUUGACGACAACACAGAUUACCAUAAAGUUUUGAAACGGAUAGAUUUAUUUGGGGUAAAUGUCAUUAUUGUUUUUGCUGCUGAAUGGACCGCUGAAAGGCUCAUUAGGUCAGCAAUACAACAUAAUAUCAACAACAAGGUGUGGAUAGCAGGGGAUGGCUGGUCCUUGCACAAAAAGCUUCCCAAAGAAAAAGGAAUUGAAAAAAUCGGAACUGUGCUUGGAGUUGCUGAGCGUAUCGUGCCAGUACCAGGUUUCAGGGAUUUCCUAAAAUCUUCCAAAACCAAGAUUUGGUAUGGAGAUGUAGGACAGACAUCUUGUAAUCAGAAUUGCAGCUGCAGCAGUGUGACUGCUGAAGAUGUUAUUGCUGCAGACCCCUCUUUCUCUUUCCCUGUGUACGCUGCUGUAUAUGCCAUCGCCCAUGCCUUACACAAUGUCUUGCAAUGUGGAGCUGGCAGAUGUAACAGAAGUAUUACAGCACAUCCACAAAUGGUUUUCAAGGAAUUGCAGAGUUCCAACUUUACACUUCUAAACAAGACUAUUAACUUUAAUGAGACUGGUGACCCCAUGUUUGGAUCCUACUCUGUGGUUUUUUGGAAUCACAGUGGUAUAGAGGUGGCCGGCUCUUGUCAUUUCCAACCAUUCAACCUCUCCAUCAAUGACACCAAAAUUAAAUGGCGCCCAAAUGGAACGAUGCCUACAUCAUUUUGUACACCAGAAUGUGAAGAGGGACACAAAAAGAAACAAGAAGGAGCCCACAAAUGCUGCUUCAACUGUACAAUCUGUCAAGGAGAAACUUACAUCAACAUCACAGGUGGAAUGGAAAUGAUCGCGGAAGCUCAGCUACCAUCAGUGUAUUAUAGAAGAGGAACAAGCAAGCUCUAUUCGAGUUCACGUAAGAGUAGCAAACGGAACAGAAGGAUAAUGGCACGGCUCCUACAUCUCUGUUUCCUGGGAUAUCUUCUUCACGCUCUGACUGAAUGCGCAAUCAGCAGCUCAGAGUUUCGGCUUGAUGGGGAUUAUUUGAUCGGUGGACUUUUUGAUGUUCAUCAUGUCAAUGACUCUUAUCCUCACAACAGACCAGAAGCCAUCACCUGCUCCAGGUGA